CUGUCUGUUUAAGCGUCUGUUUAACCAAGAUUCAACAUGGACGCGAAAGGAGCAAAAUUUACAUUCCAGGAGCUGAAAGGAAAGAAAUUUGAAUCGAUUGAGGGGAAAGAACACAAAGAAUUCUUUAUGAAAUGGUCUAUGCACGGGAGGAUAAAAUGCCAAAUGUAUAGUUUUGACCAACCAUUCCAGGCUUACCAGAAAGAUGAUUUUGUUGCAGAUUUUCUAAAGGACCCUAAUGUGGUUUCAACUCUGCAAACCGUAUCAGAAAACUGCACCUGGUCACCAGUAGGUGUGUCUGCAACUAGUGUGACAGUUGAACCUGUACCCUGCACGGUGUUGUCUAUGACGCUGUUUGACCGACUCACAGACAAUGAUAUUGUUAGAGAAAAUGGUGCCAUUCGCAAAUGCUUUGAUGAGUUUUAUCAAGAUUUCACGAUUUCUGAUGAACUGAGGAAGCUGCUGCUGAUUGAUGACUCCGACAACUAUUGUUUAUACAAUGACAGCGAGAGAGAAGAAUUCCUGUUUCGACUGUUCCAGCACAUCUGUCUGGGAGGGAAGAUCUGUCAAUAUGAGGAUAUCAUUGACCCAUAUUUAGAUAUUACAAAACAGAUGUACAAGGACCUUAUCAGUGUGCAGAAGAACUCAGAAACCAAGGAGUUAAACAUUAUAUCAAGUGUGUUCAAAGUGGAAGCUUCAGAUGACGGCCAUAUGUACUAUCCAGCAGACAAACGCCAUGAACAGACAUUUUCUUAUUUAGUUGUGGAUCCAUUCAAACGACAUGUUGCUGUCCUCUACCAUAAGUUUGGCUCCAGUGUGUAUGAUUGAUGUCAAUAUAUAAGAACAUUCUCAAAUCAUGCAAAUCAUCACAUCAACAUUUAUUUUGUCAAUUGUGAAAUAAAUCAAAUGUUUUUCUA